CCACUUCGUUCGUAUCAAUUUAUCUGUCGAAAGCUGAAGUUUACAAUACGUAUUGUGCUGACGAGGUCUUUUGCAGAGAACAACAGUAGGAAGAUAGUAGAGAAAAUAAUUAUCGAGUCACAGAGUGGCAUAAAUCAGCCCCUAUUGCGUGAAACCCUUGAUGGAUUGUAGGGGUGUGAAGAUACAUUAGUCAUUACUUUCAGUUGUUGAUAUUUUGCAACUCAGCGUACCCCGGCAGCAGUAUAUCUCGGUGCACCGCACUACUGAUUCAUCAAAUUAGUUUCGUUUAACUAUUUGGUUUAUCAGUAUUAGCUGAACUGUAUUUUUCUUUGUUUCCAAGCCACAUAUUCAACUUCUUGCAAAAGAAGAAAAACCAAUACGGGUGUAGUGUAACCUGAAGUAGUGAAUCAUCCAAAAUCAAGCAAAGAUGAUGGAUGGAAUCGAAGAAAAUGAAUCGUCACAGCAAGUGACCAGCCCGAAUGUUACAGCGCCGGAAUCUAUCGCAUCCCGGCAGGGUUCCGUAGAGGGUGGAUCCACCACUGGCUCGACGGCCGCCCUUCCGGAGAACUCGCUACUAGUCGACAUUUCCGACGCAUUGAGCGAAAAGGAACGGGUAAAAUUUACCGUCCACACGCGCACCAAUCUGUCCGGGUUUGACAAGCCCGAUUUUCUGGUGGUUCGACAGCAUGAAGAAUUCGUUUGGCUGCACGAUCGUUUCGAAGAGAACGAGGAGUAUGCCGGUUACAUUAUUCCGCCCUGUCCUCCUCGGCCCGAUUUCGAUGCAUCGCGCGAAAAGCUACAACGACUGGGCGAAGGCGAAGGGAACAUGACCAAGGAAGAGUUUAAAAAGAUGAAACAGGAGCUGGAAGCCGAAUAUUUGGCCACCUUUAAAAAGACUGUCGCUAUGCAUGAAGUCUUCCUGACGCGCCUUGCCACACAUCCGGUGUUUCGGGAAGAUUCACACCUGAAGGUGUUUCUUGUGUACGAUCAGGAUCUGUGCGCGAAAAUGAAGAAAAAGCUCGACAUCUUUGGCGGUUUGGUGAAGAGCAUCGGUAAAACUACGGAUGAAAUCUACCUCGGAGCUACGGUGAAGGAUGUCAACGAUUUCUUCGAGCACGAGCUGCAGUUCUUGGGUGAGUACCAUGGACACCUGAAAGAGGCUGCCAUACGGACGGAGAAAAUGACCAACAAACACAAGGACGUGGCCGACUCGCAUGUGCGCAUUUCAUCGCAGCUGCUAGCACUAUCGACUGCGGAACAUGGUUCAAUGGAGAAGUUUCUAGCAAAGACAUCUGAUAUAUUUGAGAAAAUUAGGAAUAUGGAAGGACGUGUCGCGAGCGAUCAGGAUCUUAAGCUUGGCGAUACUCUACGGUACUAUCAGCGUGACAGCAAUGCCGCAAAAGCAUUGUUAAUUCGUCGUUUGCGUUGCUUGGCCGCGUACGAAGCUGCCAACCGAAACUUGGAAAAGGCGCGGGCCAAGAAUAAGGACGUUCACGCGCCGCUGGAAGUGCAGGAGGCGGAAAGUGCACAGACGCAGGCGUGCGAAAAGUUUGAAUCCAUGUCGGCACGUGGGAAGGAAGAGUUGGUCAGCUUUAGAUUGCGCCGUGUGGCUGCCUUUAAGAAGAGUUUGACCGACCUUGCCGAGUUGGAAAUAAAGCACGCUAAAGGGCAGUACGAACUAUUGCGCCAGUCUUUACUCGCCUUACAGGAGCUGGUUUAAACUUUGUGAAUUGAAGCCAACUACCAAAACUCCCCUCAUACCCGUAAUAGUGGUAAAGCAAACGGGAUAAAAACGUAGCCGUCUGUGUGGAACAAUAUUUCUUCUCUAUGUGCCAGCGGACCAAUUCCGCUGACUACGGCCGAACGUGAUCUAGUGGAAACGAAUGAUUGGAAAAUGCCGAAUCGGAAGGCAUUAACGAUAGAUAAGUAAUCUACCAGUGUAAAUGGUGCAGUCGGAAUAUGGAAUCUACAUGAACACAAGAACGAACGCAUCGAACCAUUUCAUAAGGCGUUUUAGGAAGAAUCCAAACUCACCUUUUCAGUAGUCUAACAUUAUUAUUCCCCUAACAUCAAGCAUUACGUUUUAAUGAAGAAUUUACAGGAAACUGUUGUAAGCAGCAUUGUCAUAGGUCGCAUUAUUACAUUCUAUUGUUGGCUGUUUAGAUUAGGAAGAGGGAAGAGCAUAAAUAUGUUUGCAAGCAAUCUUCGCGAACGUAGUUUAGCGUUUCGUUUCUUUUGUUUUUAUUUGAUUCAUUUGCCCAUCAAAUAUUAAAUAUUUGACCUUAUAUAUUACCUUUGUUAUGAGUUAUGAGAAUGCGGUUGCGCUCGAAAUCAAUGAAAUCAUCGUGAAUUAUACAUUGCAUUUUCGUUAACUUUCAUCAUUUUAUUCAAAGCAAAGCGAUGCAUCCACAACAAGAAAACAUGUAUAUUGUAUAAGAAUCGGAGCAUAUUAAACGGAGCGACAAGUGGGAGACGUUUUUAGUCCAGUUUUUUUGUGACGCAAAGAAUAAUUAAGGCAAAUGAUAGCGCGUUCAAAUGAAAAACCGAAACACCUAACCUUACACUGGCGUUGAGCGCGAAUAGCAUAACUAGUAGAGGAAUCUAUUGGCAUUUUAUUUUUUCUACUAUACUCUUUAUACACAUACGAUUAUUGUUCUUUCUUUCCGUCUCGGAAAAGACGUCGAUGACCCCAUCAUAUGGACUCCGCUGAGGUGGAUGGUGUACUGAAGUUUGCAUGAUCAUGUGCGAAGCGUACAAGUCGAUAGCAAUUUAUAUGAAAUAUUGAUGAAAUAAAUAAAACGACAACAAACUGAAUUAAAGGA